AUGCCUUACACCUCGUCGGUCGGCUCAUACUUCAGUCUCAAGAACGCUGAGACUCAUCCAGCCUGCAUCGUCGUUCCCGAGUCAUCUAAUGAUGUCUCGAUUGCAGUGAAAUCUCUCACUCGAGGUUUCGAAUUACGCAAGAAUCAAUGCCAGUUUGCCAUCCGCGGUGGCGGGCAUACUCCCUACAAAGGCGCUGCAAGCAUCGACGGCGGAGUCUUGAUCGACCUGGCUCGUCUUCCGGCCUCCGGUAUCUCAUCGGAUCGCAAGACCAUUGUUGUUAGUCCCAGUCAGACUUGGGACCAGGUUACUGAGCAACUUGACCCAUACGGUCUUAGUACCCUGGGCGCCCGUGUCGCGGGUGUUGGUGUGGGCGGUGCAGUCCUCGGCUGCGGUACUUCAUUCUUCUCUCCUCGCUAUGGCUUCAUCUGCGACGUUGUUGAGGACUUCGAGGUCGUCCUUGCCAGCGGCGAUAUCGUCCACGCGAACGAGGGAGAGAACAAGGACUUGUGGAAGGCCCUCAGAGGCGGCGCCAACAACUUCGGCGUCGUCACAGCCAUCACCAUGCAGACCUUCCCUCAGGGCAAGUUCUGGGGAGGCCAGACAUUCCACGACAUCUCAACCCGCAAAGAGCACUUCAAGGCACACGCGGAUCUGGCGUCGAUGCCAUCAUACGAUCCCUACGUGCACUACAUCAACAACCUCGUUCUCAGCAACGCCACCAGGAGCUGGUUUAUCGGCAGCAGCUUGCAGUAUACCAAGAGCGACCCACCUGUCAUCGAGCCUGCCGUCUUCAAGCCCUUCCUCAACAUUGCGCAGAAGCCGCUAUUCCCAGGUGGCCCGACCAACACUCUUCGAGUUGACAACGUCACAUCCGUCUCUCGCGAGUACGCCGCGUUAGCAACAUACCCAAAGAGAUGGCUGUUCGCCACCAUCAGCUUCGCGCCUUCUGAGGAAAUGAUGGAGGAGUUCUUCCAGAUGGCCGACAGAGCCUUCCAACGCUACCUGGAUCUUGAUGGCUUCUCAGUUGCCAUGGCCUACCAGCCAGUUCCGUCCGUCAUGGCUGAGCGCCGUGGGGCAUCUGACUCAAUGGGCCCCAUCCAGACGGAGGGCAACCUCAUCUACAUCCACCUGGCAGUUUCUGUCGACGGCAAGGAGGGGUCUAGCGAUGACACCAUUGAGCAGGCGGUUCAGGACCUCAUUGAAGGUGCCGAGCGCAAGGCCAAGGAGAUGGGCGUCUACCGCAGCUACCUGCAGGCAACCUACGCUGAAAGCUGGCAGAACCCGCUUCUUCGCCGCAGUCCCAGCACGUUAGAGCAGCUGAUUGCCACGAGCAGAAAGUAUGAUCCUAAGCAGGUUUUCCAGACUCAAGUUCCGGGAGGAUUCAAGCUGCCCCAUGGAGGUGCUUUGCAGGAGGAACUAUGA